CAGACCAAAAACAAAAAAAACAAAAACAAAAGCAAAUCGAAGCCAUCGCUGAAAUUCAGUCAGUUGUCUCCGUUUCUUCUAUUGUUGAUCAAAAAUGCAGUCUACUCACUUGCUGCUCGAAGAACCCAUCAGGAUGGCUUCAAUCCUUGAGCCAUCGAAACGCAGUUUUUUUCCUGCAAUGACGAAGAUUGUGGGCACGCUGGGCCCAAAAUCGAGAUCAGUGGGCGUUAUAUCUGGCUGUAUCACGGCUGGAAUGUGUGUGGCACGGUUUGAUUUUUCAUGGGGUGAUGCUGAAUUUCAUCAAGAGACACUGGAAAAUCUGAAGGUGGCAGUGAAGAGUACCAAGAAGCUCUGUGCGGUGAUGCUGGAUACCGUGGGUCCAGAGUUGCAAGUUCUCAAUAGAAGUGAGCACCCCAUUUCUCUUCAAGUAGACUCUUUGGUUGUGCUAACACCAAAUCAGGAGAAAGAAGCCACUUCAAACUUGCUGCCCUUAAAUUUUGGUGGAUUAUCAAAGGCAGUGAAGAAAGGAGACACUAUUUUUAUAGGCCAGUAUCUGUUUACAGGAAGUGAAACUACUUCUGUGUGGCUGGAGGUGACUGAGGUGGAUGGGGAAGAUGUGGUUUGCCUUAUAAAGAAUUCUGCUACCCUGGCAGGAUCCUUGUACACAUUGCAUGUCUCUCAAAUUCGUAUUGAUCUUCCCACACUCACUGAUAAAGAUAAGGAAGUUAUAAGCACAUGGGGUGUUCAAAACAAAAUAGAUUUCCUGUCAUUGUCUUAUACCCGCCAUGCGGAAGAUGUUCGCCAUGCUCGCGAGUUUCUUUCUAAACUGGGUGAUCUCAAUCAAACUCAGAUUUUUGCAAAGAUUGAAAAUAUAGAGGGCUUGAACCAUUUUGAUGAGAUUCUACAAGAAGCAGAUGGCAUUAUCCUCUCUCGUGGAAAUCUGGGGAUUGAUCUCCCACCAGAGAAGGUAUUUUUAUUUCAAAAGGCUGCUGUCUAUAAGUGCAAUAUGGCUGGAAAGCCUGCGGUGAUUACUCGUGUUGUGGACAGUAUGACUGACAAUCUGAGACCUACUCGUGCUGAAGCGACUGAUGUUGCUAAUGCUGUACUGGAUGGUAGUGAUGCAAUUCUUCUAGGUGCAGAAACCCUGCGGGGAUUGUACCCUGUUGAGACAAUUUCCACUGUUAAUAAAAUUUGUGCUGAGGCUGAGAAAGUUUUCAAUCAGGAUUUCUAUUUUAAGAAGGCUGUCAAACAUGUUGGAGAACCGAUGACCCACUUGGAAUCUAUUGCUUCCUCUGCGGUACGUGCAGCCAUCAGCGUGAAGGCAUCUGUCAUUGUUUGCUUCACUUCAACCGGGAAAGCUGCAAGAUUGAUUGGAAAGUAUAGGCCAACAAUGCCAGUGAUAUCUGUUGUCAUCCCUCGGCUCAAGACAAAUCAACUCCGCUGGACUUUUAGUGGUGCAUUUGAGGCAAGACAAUCAGUCAUAGUGAGGGGCAUUUUCCCCAUGUUGGCAGAUCCUCGACAUCCGGCGGAAUCAACAAAUGCGACAAAUGAGUCAAUUCUGAAGGUUGCUUUGGAUCAUGGGAAAGCAUUUGGUUUCAUAAAAUCUCAUGACCGAAUUGUUGUUUGCCAGAAAGUCGGCGAUGCAUCUGUGGUGAAGAUCAUUGAGCUUGAAGAUUAGUACUUGUACUGCUCCUCGUUUUUAACACCUUUUUGUUUUUGAGAUUGGAAAGCCUUGUCCAUGGCCUGCUAAUUCUCCAGAGUUUGAGAGAAGAGCUUGUCUAUAUGGCUAUGUAAUAAGAUUGUACACCAAAGGUAUUUCCGGUUGUUGUGAAUAAACUCAGUUGAAGCCAUGGUACCAAAUUCAUAUUUAAUGGUACCCAUAAAGGUCCUUUUCUGUUGUACCCAAAUGAAUCAGCCAUCAAUAAAUCCUGUUCCACAGUUAAUUAUC